AUGAGCCAACGGACACCUUGUGUGGGGCCCGACAUGCGGGGCCGCGGCGGCAGCAGCAGCAGCAGCAGCAGCAACAACUGCAGCAGGCCCCCCGGCUCGCAGCACAUCUCAACUGCAGCAGCAGCAGCAGCAGCAGCAGCAGCAGCAACAGCUGCAGCGGCAACAAGGACAGCAGCAACAACAGUAACCCCAGCAGCAGCAGCAGCAGCAGCAACUACUGGGAAAACAGCAGCAACUGAAGUGAGUUGCCUUCGUCAGGCAGCCGUUGCAGCGAAACAGCAGCAGCAGCAGCAGCAACAGCAGCAGCAGCAGCAGCAGCAGCGCGAAAGACACCAAGAGUGGCAGCAGGAGCAUCACCCGGUGCAGCAGCAGGAGCAGCACCAGGAGCAGCAGCAAGAGCAGCGACACGUGCUGCAACAGCAGCAGGAGUCGCAGCAAGAUCCGCAACCGCAGCAGCCACAGCAGCAGCAGCAGCAGCAGCAGAAGCAGCAGCAGGAGCAGCAGCAGGAGCAGCAGGAGCAGCAGCAGCGACAUCUCAAUCUCUGGCCCCCCCCCCUUCAUUGCGCAUUCCUCUCAGCCUCGAUUUCUGCAGUCUGUAAGAAGAGAAGCUGGAGCCCCAGCGCCUUCAUCUCAAGCAGCAGCAGCAGCAGCAGCAGCAGCAGCAGCAGCAGCAGCAGCAGCACGGGCCCUGCAGCAGCUGGGCUACUGCCGCGUCCUCUCCCGCCGCCCCUGGGACUCCAUCUGGGCCCAUCGGCUCUCCACUAUAUUAGCCCGAGGCCCCACGCAGCCUCUGCUAAGGGGGCCCCCCUGGGGGGCCCCCCUCAGGGCCUGGGGGCCCCUCUGGGGGCCCCUCUGGGGGCCCCUCAGGGGGGCCCUCAGGGGGGCCCUCAGGGGGCCCCCGGGGGGCCCCCUGCGGGGGCUGGGCCUCUGGCGUCGGGGUCACCUGCUGGCCCUGGGGGGCCCCCCGUGGGCCCCCAGGGGGGCCCCCGGGGGGGCCCCCGGGGGGGCCCCCUGGGGGGCCCCCAGGAGGCCCCCUUUUCCCAGUUUUUGCUGUGGCUGCGGGCGCAGCAGCUGCGCGAAGUGACUGUGCAGCAGAGUGCAGCGGGGCAGCUGGUUUACUUCGCCUUGAGGGCCCCCGGGGGGCCCCCAGGGGGGCCCCCCGGGGGGCCCCCAGGGGGGCCCCCCGGGGAGGGGGCCCCCCGGGGGGCCCCCCUGCAGAGUGGGGGCCCCCCAGGGCCUGCGCAGCAGCUGGGGGGCCCCACAGAAUUCUUCGCAAGAGUUCUGCCGGGUGCUGAGGCCCUGGUGGCGCAGCUGCUUGUCUCUGCCAUCACGGGCCCUGCUGCUGCUGGGGGCUCGCUGCGAGUGCAGGUGCUGCGGGCUGGGCCGCGGGCUGCUUCUUGCAGGGCCCUGACUCUUUUGGCUGUCCUCAGUGGACUUGCUGCUCUCGCCGACAAGGCCCUGGUGGCACGGCGGGUCGCUGACGGGCUGGGCCUGCGCUUUUGCUGCUGCUGCUGCAGCAGCAGCAGCAGCUGCUGCUGCUGCUGCUGCUGCUUGGGGGCCCCCCAACUUAAAGAGCUGCAACAAGGGUUUGAGAAGGCAGCCAGGGGGGCCCCCUGUGCCCUUUUCAUAGGCGACCUCGACUCGUUUGGGGCCCUCGGCGGCACUGGCUCUGGGGACUGCCAAAAGCGUGUUGAAUUCCUCAAGGAGUUGCUGGCGCUAAUAGAUGGCCUGGAAAGGAACAACGUGCCAGUGCUGGUAAUGGCCGCCACCAGCCGCGUGGACUCUCUCGACGAGGCGCUGCUGAGGCCUGGCCGCUUCGAGCAAACCCUGAGCAUCAGAGCAGGCCAGCGGGAGGCGCUGCUUCCUGUGCGCUUUUUUGAGGUGUCUGUACACCCUGAGGUGUCUGUACAGCAGCCAGCAGCAGCAGCAGCAGCAGCAGCAGCAGAAAGCUCGCAGGUUCCUGCUGCUGCUGGCUGCUGCAGCAAAUCGGCGCUGCUGGCGGCAACAAGCAGUUUUGCUGCUGCGGGGCCCCGUGAGGCUGCUGCAGGUCUGCAGCAGCUGCAGCCGCCACACAGAGGCAAGCCUCGCCCUGCUGCUGCUGCUGCUGCUGCCGCUGCUGCUGCUGCUGCUGCUGACCCUGACCCAGCAGCAAUACUCAAGAACAGCCCAGCAGCAGCUGCAGCAGCAGCAGCAGCAGCAGCAACAGCAGCAGCGGGGCAGCAGCAGAUCAAGUCAUCUGCGUCCAGAACAAGCAGCGCUGGGCUAGCAACGAAGCCUCUCGCCAAGCCUUACCUGCUGCCGCAGCAGCAGCUGCAGCAGCAAGAGCAGCAGCUGCAGCAGCAAGAGCAGCAGCUGCAGCAGCAAGAGCAGCAGCUGCAGCAGCAAGAGCAGAAGCCACGCUCCGCAGGGCUGCAGCAGGCUGAGGAGCAGCGAACCCGUAGCUAG